CUCACAACAUUCCGCUGUUUCCAUGGAAGUCCACCAUGUCAGGACAGUUAGGCUAGUCCUGUGGAGGCUAGCAAAAUCCUAAGAACACAGAAAUUAAAUUAGUACGCCAGUUAUAGCACCGUUACUUAAACAUACAUGUAUGUUAACCUUCACUUUAUCUUCUGAAGGGACGACCAGAAUGAACCGUUUGAAUUCCACCGUCCCCGUGGACGAAUACCUCGCGGACAGCAAUGUGCUGUUUUACCUGAGCGAUGCGGUGGCGCAGCUCCUGGAACAUAAAGAGGAAUACACCCAGUUUGGGGUGAUCCGCUACUUUGCUGAAUAUUUCAGCAGUGUGAAGAACAGUAACCACGUCCUCUUCAGAGAAUAUAACUACAUCAGGGCCACUCCUCAUAACAGAGCCUCCUUCAUCAGAGUCUUCUGGAGAUGCUUCAGACAGAUUGGCAAGAGUGGAGACUUACUGUCCAUGCUGGAGUACAGGUCUCUGCUGCAGUUACUGUGUCCAGACUUCCCAGCAGAGAUGGUGCAGAGUGCAGCCAGAAUUGUUCUGAUGGACGACGCCAUAGAUUGUUUGAUGUCUUUCUCAGAUUUCCUUUUUGCCUUCCAGCUGCAGUUCUACUACCAAGAGUUCCUGGACAGCGUGCUGGUGAUCUACCAAGAUCUGUUAGCAGGAAAGAGUCCUAACACUGUCAUCGUCCCCACGUCCACCUCCAUCGAGCAACUCCCCUCUGUGAAUACAGAGGAGAACGACAGGGAGGAGCAGCAGCACGAUGGGGUGGAGUCGUCCACUCUUGCUCAAUGUAUAGACGCUCUCUGUGACAGGUUCAAACUCAGUCUUCCUCCCAGGUCCUGCAUGAAGGAAGCACUGGAACAGACUGACAGAGUGUCUUACUACAGCUUCCUGAUGAGCCUGGCUAAACAUGAGACCAUCAACCAAACUAUUGGUGCGUUACCCAGCAAGGCAGAGCUGCUUAUUGACCCGGAGAUGGACCAGGAACUGGACAAACUAAUCGCCCAGAUCUCAGUGAGUCCUGGUAGCAACAGCAGCGGCAGCGCUGUGGGAGCGCUGAAGGAGGUGCAGAGGAAGGCCUCACCAAGGAGGAACAUCCACCACAGGAGGAAGAUGGAAGUGGAAAGCGAUGGCUCCACGGAAGAGACUGACUCCUCUGAAAACUGACCUCUAACCUUUUACCACUCUGAUAUAUCACCUUCCAUCUUAAGUCCAGAACACACUGUGGCUGUAUGAUACACAGCAGAACUUUCUUGCCCAUUAGACAGAAUUGUCUUCUUUUUAUAUAGCACUGAUGUCCAGAAAAGCAGUGAGAGAUUAAGUGGAAUGUUCAGAAUACCCCUGAAUGCAGAGCAGCACUGUGGAUUCACUGUUGAUGCUACUGUUGUUCUUUACAUGCUAUGUGGUUGUGAUAUAAGGCAUGCCCCACAUCUGCACAUGGUCAUGUAACAUGCCACUGCUCUGCAACCACAGUGUGUUUUGAAUUUUAUUGUGAUCCGUCCAAACAUUCCCUUCAAUAUUUCUUGAAAGUAAUAUUAUGUCUUUUGCUAGUAAUGAGUACUAUAACCAGGUAAUAACACUCUUAAUUGUCAGUGACAAAAUAUUACUAUGCUAUCAUGUAACACCAAAACUCUCAAGUUAAACUAAUAUGUAGUUUUGGGUACUGUAGCUGCUUUGUAUUCUGCAAAACAGGACAGGUUUACUUGCUGGUUCUACAAAGUGACAGAAUAGGAUAGGAACAUAUUUAAGGUGGAAUUACUGACUGAGGAUGCAUGAGUUUUCAGAAAAAAGUCCCAAACUGAUUGCAAAGGCAGAUGCAUAUGCUCUUUGUUUCUCAAUAUGUUGUCACAGGGAUGCUCGACAGAAUGACUGAAGGAUUUCUGAAAGAGUGGCCCCUCUUCUUCCUGCCAGUUCAAAACUUGGCCAGUAAUUAAGUCAAGCAUGAACUGUAUUUACAGUGCUAAUUUAUUUCUAAUUUAUUUAUUACUAUUAAUGAAAAAGUUGACAUUGAGCUUAGCAUUUGAAGGUGAAAUGACAUAUAAGAAGAUCCAGACUCCCACUGUGAAUAAUAAAGACGCAACUGUGAUGCCUUGUACAGAUGAUUUCUGUUGGUAUCUGACAUCUGACUCGGUUAGGUAUUUCACUGAUCUUGUCUCGGAGUGACUUCAGCAGAGUUCAAGAAAUCCAGACUUUUAGAUACUGUAUCCUACAUGUCCCACGGUGCAAACAAAAACAUCUUUCAUAAGACCCUCCCUGCCUAAUAAAAACAGUACACCUCCAGUUUGUGGACUUUCUGUU